AAUCGCCUCUCUAACCACAAAUCCUAAAAGUCUAAACGAAAACAGAACACAUGAAUCUCUCCUUCCUCUGCAUCUCAAUUCCACUUCGCCAUUUUUAAAGCUUUUUACGUAAAUAAUAAGAAACCAUGGAGAAGAACGACAAGGACCCUGAUCAUGAUGACAAAUCCAAGGGAGAUGAGAAAGGCGACGUCGUUUCGGAUGCUCAUCCCUCAGAUGAUGCGCAUCAUCAGGAUGGUAUCAGUAACGAAAAUGUAGAUGUUGUUGGUAAUGCGGAGACAGAUCAUCAAGAUCCAGGAGAUAACAAUGUCGACAAGGUUUCACAAGGAGAAGAAGCACCAGAGAUUCGUCAAACCUUGGAGUCUUUGUCUGAAGAACUCGAUCAGUUUCUCCCGACUCUUUCCCUUCACAUGGAGGAGCACAAAGAUAGCACCGAGGAGAAAGGAGAGGAUGGUUACUUUCAGAUCCCACAGUUUGUUGGGAAAUUCUUGGAUCUUUUUGAGGAAAAACUCUCCAAAUAUGACUCUGGUGAGCCUAAGACUGUGUGGUACCAAGAUCCUGAAGAGGUGUCUUCGCUUUUGGAGGCAGUGGAUCGUGUCUCAAAGCUUAUGGGGCUAUUGCUCAACACCAAGUCCUGUUUGGACCAUCAUGAGUCCUUGAUCAACCAUGCGGGAUCUAUUCAGCAGCGUGCAAUGGCUUUCUUGGAAGACGAAUUCCGCAUCAUUUUAGAAGAAUCUGUGACCAAAGAGUCUGUGGUUGUCACCGAUGACAGCAACAGCCAGAGGAGGAGCACUGCCGAUCAGCAAGACCACCAGAACGAUGUGGUGGUCUCACAAGACCACGACCAGAUGCUCGUUCCGGAAUGCGGUGAUCAGGAGAUUGAAUACCCUGGUUACCCUGAGGAUGUGGUUGUGGUGCUGAGGAAAAUAGCGGAAAAGAUGAAAGCAGGAGGGUAUGGAUGGGAAUGUAGAGAGGUUUAUUUGGUUGGGAGGAGGAACAUCUUGAUGCGCACUUUGAAACAAGAUUGUGAGUUUGAGAAAGUUAGCAUCGACGAGGUGCAGAAAAUGAGCUGGGACACGCUCGAGAGAGAGAUCCCUAUUUGGAACAAGACUUUCAAGGACUGCUCUUCUCUCUUCUUCCCUGGUGAGCUAAAACUUGCAGAGAGGAUAUUCCCAGGGGACGAGGGGAACUUAUUCUGUAUUGUCACACACGGUCUGGCCAUCCAGUUCUUAGGUUUCGCAGAGGCCGUAGCCAUGACAAGGCGCUCCACUGAAAAGCUCUUCAAGAUCCUCGACAUCUAUGAGACUCUGCGGGAUAGUUUUCCGGCCAUGGAGGAGCUGUUUCCGGAGGAACUCCGGAGCGAGCUGAGGAACGAGGUGACCAGUGCUCGCUCCCGACUUGGAGAGACUGCGAUUCACAUUUUCUGUGAUCUGGAGCACUCCAUCAAAUCAGAUUCAAGCAAGACCCCUGUGCCAGGAGGGGCAGUGCAUCCAUUGACGAGGUACACCAUGAACUACCUCAAGUACUCGUGCGAAUACAAGGACACAUUGGAACAAGUGUUCAAGAGUCACUCGAAGAUGGAGCGAGAGGAGGAGGAACCUGUGGAGAGCGGAAACUCGGCCUUCGCAAGCCAGCUGAUGAGGAUAAUGGAGCUACUCGACGGAAACCUGGAGACAAAGUCAAAACAGUACAAAGACAUACCAUUGAGCUGCAUCUUCAUGAUGAACAACGGGAGAUACAUAGUGCAGAAGAUCAAAGGAUCGGCGGAGAUACACGAGGUGAUGGGUGACACAUGGUGCAGGAGGAGGUCGUCAGAGCUAAGGAACUAUCACAAAAACUAUCAGAGGGAGACGUGGGGGAAGCUACUGGGGUUCUUAGGGCACGAGGGGCUCAUGCACAACGGCAAGAUAGUCAAGCCCAAUCUCAAGGAGAGGUUCAAGAGCUUCAACGCAACAUUUGACGAGAUACACAAGACACAGACCACAUGGGUAGUCAACGACGAGCAGCUGCAGAGUGAGCUAAGGGUCUCCAUAACUGCAGUCAUGAUACCUGCCUACAGGGCCUUCAUGGCCAGGUUUGGACAGUACUUGGAUCCUGGUCGCCAGACCGAGAAGUAUGUCAAGUAUCAGCCUGAAGAUAUCGAGGAUCUCAUCGACCAGCUCUUUGAAGGCAACACCUCCUCCUCUUCUACUGCCACCGCCAGGCGAAGAACAUAGCUUCUUUCUUUUCUUCUUUUUUCUUUUGCAACAACACUUUUUCCUGAUUUUCUCAAAAUUUUUCAUGUCUUCUUCAACUGUUUUUGUCUGAAUGCCACAACUUGGAUGACCC